GCGACCUCUCGUUUUAUCACAUUUCAUUUCAAUUCAAAAAACCUAAACGUCAAACCCUCCGCCAUUUCCCCUUUCUAUUCAACAGUGGGCUUAUACUCACUUCAUUGCAUCAUUUCUCCCUUUUUUUUCAGCAUACUCCAUUAUUCUCUAUUGGUAUAUUCGGAUUCAGCCUAUCGAAGAUGUCGCUGAGGCCGAACACGAGAGUUGAGGAUCGCCGGAACCGGUACAAGGUUGCCGUGGACGCGGAGGAGGGUCGCCGGAGGAGAGAGGACACCAUGGUAGAGAUUCGCAAGAAUCGAAGGGAGGAGUCAUUGCAGAAGAAGCGGCGUGAAGGGUUUCAAGCAAAUCAGCAAUUUGAUCUUCCUGCCCAUUCCGAAAAGAAGCUGGAUGCUCUACCCGCAAUGGUAGCUGGUGUUUUAAGCAAUGAAGGAAACUUGCAGCUUGAGUCAACUACUCAGUUUCGAAAAUUACUUUCAAUAGAAAGGAGUCCUCCAAUUGAUGAAGUGAUCCAAGCAGGUGUAGUUCCUCGGUUGGUUCAAUUUCUCGCCAGGGAUGACUUUCCUCAGCUUCAGUUUGAGGCAGCUUGGGCACUCACCAAUAUUGCUUCUGGAACAUCUGAGCAUACUCGGGUGGUAAUUGAUUCUGGAGCCGUCCCAAUCUUUGUGAGGCUUCUCAGUUCUUCUAGUGAUGAUGUCCGGGAACAGGCUGUAUGGGCUUUGGGAAAUGUAGCUGGUGAUUCUCCCAAAUGUCGGGAUCUUGUGUUAAGCUUGGGUGCUCUAAAUCCAUUGACUGCUCAGUUGAAUGCAAAUGCCAAAUUGUCUAUGCUGAGAAAUGCCACCUGGACUCUCUCAAAUUUCUGUAGAGGCAAGCCACAGCCUCCAUUCGAACUGACUAGGCCAGCGCUUCCAAUACUUCAGCAACUUACACAAUCAACUGAUGAAGAAGUUAUUACAGACGCAUGUUGGGCUCUCUCAUAUCUGUCAGAUGGUACUAAUGAUAAAAUUCAAGCUGUCAUUGAUUCUGGAGUGUGUCCACGUUUGGUGGAGCUUCUACAGCACCCUUCACCCUCAGUUAUAGUCCCUGCAUUACGUGCUGUUGGGAAUAUUGUCACCGGAGAUGACAUGCAAACUCAGUGUAUUAUUGAGUACCGUGGGUUGUACUGCCUGACAACAUUAUUAACGGGCACCUACAAGAAAAGUAUUAAGAAAGAAGCCUGCUGGACAAUCUCAAACAUCACUGCUGGUAACAAGGAUCAGAUCCAGGCUGUGAUAGAAGCUAAUAUAAUUGGACCUCUUAUUGAUUUGCUUCAAAACGGAGAGUUUGAUAUUAAAAAAGAAGCAGCUUGGGCAAUCUCAAAUGCUACAUCUGGCGGUAGUCAUGAUCAGAUUAAGUACCUUGUGAGUCAGGGUUGUAUCAAGCCACUGUGUGAUCUUCUCGUUUGUCCUGACCCAAGAAUCGUCACUGUCUGCCUUGAAGGACUUGAAAAUAUUCUGAAGGUUGGGGAAGCUGAGAAGAACAUGGGCUUGAUGGGCGACACGAAUGGUUAUGCUCAAAUGAUAGAGGAUUGUGAAGGUUUGGAAAAAAUAGAGAACCUUCAAAGUCACGACAACCAAGAGAUUUAUGAGAAGGCGGUGAAGAUUCUAGAGACUUAUUGGUUGGAGGAAGAAGAUGAUGCUAUGCCACCUGGCGAUGUUGCAUCUGAGCAACAGGGUGGAUUCCAGUUUGGUGCCAGUGGAGAUGUCGCCGUUCCUUCUGGUGGUUUCAGCUUCAACUGAGUGAAUGUGUGUUGUGCAUGCGGUUUUGAACAGGAUUUUGCACGUUCUAUUUCUUUCCUGCCGUUCAACACGUGGUAGUCUUGCUCCUCACAUCUAGAGAGUAGAGACAUACCUGGGCUGCUAUAUAUGGUUUGGUGUUCAAAGAGAGAUUCAUUUAUUUUCUUGAGAACUAAUUUGUGGUUUUACUAUUCGAUUACUUUUACUAUACAUCCAUGUUCAUGCUGGGAAUUUUGACAAUCUGAAGUCUGGAUUUCCCCAGCUUUGUACUAAACUUUAAGGUGGAAAAGGGUUCACCUUUUUUAUUAUGAAUAUUUUAUUGCAGUAUAUCGACUUGCCUCAUGUUUUUCAUGUAUGGUUUAGAUGAAACACA